AAGAGAAAAGCUAGAAACACUGCAAAGAACUGGGUACGGUAGCCUUGAACUGAGGAAGUGGCGAUCUGUGCACUGUCAUUCCAAACAAUCAUGAGUGAGAGACAAAGUACUGGAGCAACAAAUGGAAAAGAUAAGACUUCUGGUGAGAAUGAUGGGCAAAAGAAAGUUCAAGAAGACUUUGAUAUAGACAUGGAUGCACCAGAAACAGAGAAAGCUGCAGUGGCGAUACAGUCUCAGUUCAGAAAAUUCCAGAAGAAAAAGUCUGGGACCCAAUCUUAGCCUCUACCUCACAGUUUCCAUCAUCACUGCUCUCUUGUCUGCCAGGAACGGAAGAAAUUUAAAAAUAUAUAUAAAUGCAUGUACAGAAAUUAUCACUAUUUAAAAUUCCAUUGGCAGGUAUUAAAACAAUUAUGCUUGUUGUGUGGCUUGAUCUCUGUGUUUCUCUCCAGUUUCAUUUCUUCUGUAAUUCACCAUUCCUUGAUGUUCAAAUAAAAAUUUAGGACAAAG